AUGGCGCAUGCGUUCUUUAUCACUGAAGUAUCGAUAAUUGAUUGGAUUUGGGAGCAAUAUAACUUUUCGAACCACCAAAUAGAAUAUUCAUUUGCUCACAACCUGAUUGCCUAUGUGAAAUUUGUGCCGGUUAUCCUGGGAACUUGGGAUGUCGCAGUUUGUGUACUUUUGGCAACAUUUCAAUGUCACGCAAACCGUUCGAGAGAAAAUGAAACGAUUUUUGAGCUGAAAAAUAACCUCAGUCAAGUCACCGACAGCUAUGAUGGGUCAACCGAUCGUGCAAUCCUUGUUUCGAAUAUCCUUGCGGCGAUGCGGAAAGCUAACUCGCUGAGGAUAGAGUCACUUAAAUCUCUAAACAUGGUUAUACUUUCUUACCUUACUUCCAGUCUUUUCCUUCUGAGCGUCUUUAUGCCUCUGUUAUGUGUAUCUUGGCGUGAUCUUAAAGUCAAAGCGGAAUUUUUGGCUCAAAAGUUACAACAAGAGGGGAACGAGAGCUCAGAUGAAUUAGCGGAGCUCAUGGAAACAACUCAAGAUGCGCGGGCAACACUCCUAUACAGAUCACUUUCAGUAUUCUUCGGAUUGGCGUCUUCUCAUCACGAAAAACCCCAAUCAAUCAACUGA